UCAUUUGCCAAAAAGCGUGCAAAUAGAGCAAAGUAAAAAUGCUAGCAAUACACUCCCCAGUUUUAUUGUUCACAUUUAUUUCAUUUAUUCUUGUUCAUUCUCAAUUAAAAUGGGUAGUUGAAGCGCAAGUAAUUCCUCCAAAUUUCGACGGAUUUGUGCAUGGAAAUCCAAGGAAAUUCAACCCAAAAAGAAUUCUAAUUGAAGCUUUCUUUGAUCCACUUUGCCCUGAUACUCGAGACUCCUGGCCACCUCUCAAACAUGCCCUUCACCAUUAUGGCUCCAAAGUUUCGCUUGUUGUUCAUCCUUUUCCCCUUCCGUACCAUGACAACGCGUAUGUUUCAUCUCGGGCAAUUCAUGUAGUUAAUGAAUUGAACAAAUCUGCGACAUUUCCCUUAUGGGAAAGUUUCUUCAAGGGUCAGGAACAAUUUUACAACGAGAAGACUAGUAAUUGGACAAGAAAUGAGGCCGUUGAUCACAUAGUAGACUUUGUAACAAAAACCGUAGGUGAAGAAUACAAGUCUGAUUUAAUAUCUGGCCUCAAUGAUCCGAAUACUGAUCAAAAAACAAGAGUUUCAUUCAAGUAUGCUAGUUCACGGGGCGUGAUUGGAACACCAUCUUUCAUUGUCAAUGGCUUUGCUUUACCUGAUGAAGGCUCUGCUAUAGACUACAAAGCAUGGAGGAAGGUUAUUGAUCCUCUGGUUAGUUCAAAGAAGUAAGAUGAAUGAGUGAACUAGGAAUCUUAGUAUUUCAAGUAUCUAAUUCGUACGAGUAUAUGUUUGUGUAGAUUAUCUUCUUUCUAUUAGCUAUAGCAAUGUGGCGGAGGAACUAUGUAAAUAAAGACCACUGGUCUUUGCACUAGGACAUUUCACAUUUAAAAUUUGAAAAAAGUGCGUUAUUUAUCCUUUAUCUUCUCUAUCGUGGGACAAUUCUUGUGAUUGAUUUAUAGUCUCAACCAACAAAUAUGAAGUACAUAAUUGAUCUAAAAGGAUUGGAUUAAAAAAACGUGUUAAGAAUUUUAGAAUUAAAAUCCUUGACGUACGAGGAGAAGGUUAUAUGAAGUAUUUUUUAAGAUGAUUAGAACUACAAAAGAACAAUCACGAAUAUGGUCAAAGAUUGGUUUUUUUUUUUUUUUUUUUA